AAAAAAAAAAAAAAAAUAAAGCCUCUUUCUUUCUCUUUUAUUUUAUAAUUCACGGUGCAAAUAUGGUCGCUUUCAACGUUCCUUCCACCAACGACGUUCUCGUCCCCGAAACUCUCUUGAAGAAGCAAGCUGCUGCUGCCAAGUCUGCUGCUGAAACUGCUGCCAAGAAGGCUGAACUUCGCAAGGCCAAGAUCCAAAAGCGUCGUGAAUUGUUCAACCGUGCUGCCAAGUACCAAAAGGAAUACCAAGCCAACGAACGUAACCAAAUCCGUCUUCGUCGUCAAGCCAAGGCCUCUGGUAACUACUAUGUUGAAGCUCAACCCAAGUUGGUUUUCGUUGUUCGUAUCCGUGGUAUCAACAACAUUGCUCCCAAGCCUCGUAAGGUCCUUCAAUUGUUGCGUUUGUUGCAAAUCAACAAUGGUGUCUUUGUCCGUCUCAACAAGGCCACUUCUCAAAUGCUCCAAUUGGUUGAACCUUAUGUUACUUAUGGUGAACCCAACUUGAAGACCAUCCGUGAAUUGAUCUACAAGCGUGGUUAUGCUAAGGUCAACAAGCAACGUAUUGCUCUUUCUGAUAACGCCAUCAUUGAAAAGGCCCUUGGCAAGUACAACAUCAUCUGUGUUGAAGAUUUGAUCCACGAAAUCGCUACCGUUGGUCCCCACUUCCGUGAAGCUAACAACUUCUUGUGGCCCUUCAAGCUCUCUAACCCCAACAACAUGUGGCCCAAGCGCAAGUUCAACCACUUCAUCCAAGGUGGUGCUGCUGGUGACCGUGAACACUUCAUCAACAACUUGGUCCAAUCCAUGAACUAAAGGUUAUAGUUUAGUCCUCCCUUGGUUUAGUUUUUUUUAUAUAUUGUUUGGUAAUUUAUUAGUACUUGACUUUUAGAAAUAAAAAUAAAUUUGGGGACUAUUACUUCA